CUAUGAAGGCCUAAAUGAAAACUCACGGAUAUUGUUGGAUACCUCGGCGAGCGGAUCAUUCAUGAGCCUUGAACUUGACGAAGCUGAAGAACUCAUUGAGCGGAUCUCAACAAACGGAUCUACCUGGUACUCUGACCGUCCAUCCGCUCAACCGAAAAUUGGAGGCAUGUAUGAAGUUGAUCAAAUGUCAGCCAUGGCUGCUAAGGUCGACAACAUGAUGAGCAUGAUCCAAAAGAUUGCUCAAGUCUCUGCUGUACAAAACACUACGCCAGCACCGCCUCAUGUUCCUGUUCUCAUGUGUGUAUCAUGUGGUGGACAACAUGAUCAAUCUUCGUGUCCAUGGGAUGCAAUGGAGCAAGUUGAUUAUGUCAACUAUAACUGGCCGCAGCAACAACAAAACCCAUUUGGCGGAUUUAAUUCUCAAAACAACAAUCCACAAGCUUAUCGGAGUCCACCACCCGGCUUUCAAAAUCAACAGCAACAACAAUUUAGAGGUGGCCAAGGUUUUGCUAACAAUCAUCAGUUUAAGCAAAACCAAAGCUUCCCCUAUGUUUCACAUCAACAAAAGUCGAUCCUGCCAACUCCUGAAACAACAUCAGCUCCCGGCUUGGAUAACAUUGUUGAUCAGCUACUCAAAUCUCAACUAGCCCAAGCCGAAACCUUGAAGAAGAUUUCUGAAGAGCUUACUCAACUUCGAGCUCACAAUAGGAUUCUUGAAAAUCAAAUCUCUAGUCAAGCAUCAACAUCAUCAACAAAUGUGACUGGAAAAUUGCCAGCUUGUCCCAAGAAUCCAAGAGAGCAAAUGAAUGCUAUCACUACUCGGAGUGGGAAACAAAUUCAAUCUCCAUCUCUUCCGAGUAGUGAUCCUGAAGAAGAAAGAAGAGAGGAUGUCAAAGAAGAAGCUCAGGACAAAGUCAAAGGAGAUGCUGCUGAAAUGUUUCCGGAGUCAAUCCAGAUCAAAGAAGGAAAGAAAAAAGAAGAAGAAGGUUUGGUAAGGAAAUAAGCUCCACCAAUUCCUUUUCCAAACCGACUCAAGAAAUCACAUAUUGAGGAACGAAGAACAAAGUUCUUGAACCGUA